AAAACCUAGAACAACAAAAUGCUACUCCACCAACCCACCACCUCAAGACCUCAACUUCACGAUCGCAAUCCGCACCAUGUCUCUCUCUCAUCAACUCUUUCCUACUCUCUCACAUUCCCAUAUGGAGUUUCCAAUUCGUCAGUUCUUCGACUCGUUUCAAGCCACAGAAGUCAAGUUAUUACGUGUUCUACAUCACAGGUUCACAGUUAUGGAAAAGUGUACUAUGAAAGGAAGUCAAUGUUGAAAUGGAACGCUUUAUACAAGAGAAUAUCGCUCAUGGAGAAACCUGAAUUGGGUUCUGCGAGUGUGUUGAAUCAGUGUGAGAAUGAGGGAAAGCAGCUCGCAAAAUGGGAGCUUUGUAGGGUUGUUAAGGAGUUGAGAAAGUUCAGGCGUUACAAGUCUGCUCUUGAGGUGUAUGAGUGGAUGAACAACAGGGGAGAGAAGUUCCGGAUGUCCACUAGUGAUGCUGCAAUUCAGUUAGAUCUAAUUUCCAAAGUGCAUGGAAUUCGAAGUGCUGAAAAGUACUUCCUGAAGUUGCCAGAUACCUUAAAGGACAAAAGGAUAUAUGGGUCUCUUUUGAAUGCCUAUGUGCGUGCUAGAAUGAGAGAAAAGGCUGAAUCUCUGUUUGAUCAAAUGAGAAAUAGAUGUUAUGCCAGCCAUGCCCUUCCAUUCAAUGUGAUGAUGACUCUUUACAUGAACCUUAAAGAUUAUGACAAAGUCGAUGCAACAGUUUGGGAGAUGAUGGAGAAAAAUAUACCAUUAGACAUAUAUUCCUACAAUAUCUGGUUAUCAUCUCGUGGAUCCCAAGGAUCUGCAGAAAAGAUGGAACAAGUAUUUGAACAGAUGAAGCUGGACAGGAACAUUAACCCCAAUUGGAGUACGUUCAGCACAAUGGCUACAAUGUACAUUAAGCUGGGUCAGUUACAAAAAGCAGAAGACUGUUUAAAGAAGGUUGAGAGUAGGAUCAUGGCCUGGGAUCGAAUUCCUUAUCAUUAUCUUAUUAGUAAUUAUGGUGGUGUGGGUAACAAGGAGGAGGUUCACCGGGUGUGGAAUAUUUACAAAUCAAAGUUUCCAUAUAUUCCAAAUUUGGGUUACCAUGCUGUAAUCUCUUCGUUGGUUAGGCUGGGUGAUAUUGAAGGCGCAGAAAAGAUUUAUGAAGAAUGGCUGUCAGUUAAGACUGCAUAUGACUCUAGAAUAGGAAAUCUUCUACUGGGUUGGUAUGUUAGAAAGGGAUUUUCGGAGAAAGCAAAGGCUUUCUUUGAACAAAUGGGUGAAUUGGGAGCAAAGCCAAAUUCAAGCUCAUGGGAGAUACUAUCAGAAAUACAUAUCAGUGAUAGGAGGAUUUCUCUGGCUUUGUCUUGCUUAAAGGAGGCCAUUUCAGCCGAGGGAUCAAAGAACUGGAAACCAAAGCCUGUAAAUGUGUCUUCAAUUCUCAAGCUCUGCGAGCAAGAAGCUGAUACGGUGAACAAGGAGGUUUUAUUGGGGAUGUUAAGGCAACUUGGUUGUCUUGUGGAUGAAGCGUAUAUGUCAUAUAUACCCUUAUCUAAUGGAAUGGCUGCUGGCAAUGCACUGUCAACAGAGAAAGGCAGACCUGAUGAUGAUGAUGGUGGUGGUGGUGAUGAUGAGGAGGGAGCUGAAACGCUUCUCAACCAACUUCAGGAAAGCUUUUGA